AUGGCCAUCACUCCGUCCCAGGUGCGCCAAAACUACCACCCCGACUGCGAGGCGGCCGUCAACAGCCAGAUCAACCUGGAGCUGUACGCCUCCUACGUGUACCUCUCCAUGGCCGCCUACUUCGACCGCGACGACGUGGCCCUGAAGCACUUCGCCCGUUACUUCCUGCGCCAGUCGCAUGAGGAGAGGGAUCACGCCGAAACGCUGAUGGCGCUGCAGAACCAGCGCGGGGGCCGCGUCUGCCUUCGCGACAUCAAGAAGCCCGACCGUGACGACUGGGAGGGCGGCCUGCAGGCCAUGGAGUGUGCCUUUCACCUGGAGAAGAGCGUCAACCAGAGUCUCCUGGACCUGCACCAGCUGGCCACCGACAAGGGCGACGCGCAGCUCUGCGACUUCCUAGAGAGCCACUAUCUGCACGAGCAGGUCAAGACCAUCAAGGAGCUGGGCGGCUACCUCACCAACCUGCGCAAGCUGGGGGCCCCGGACACCGGCCUGGCCGAGUACCUCUUUGACAAGCUCACCCUGGGUGGCAGCGACAAGGAGAACUGA